AUGGACUUGACUACGCUCCCCAAGGACUUCAUGGUGACAUCCAUUCAAUACACCAAGCAUGUCCACUCCGACCAAUACCCGUCCAUCGACCCUUCGAGACAGGAGCUCAACUUGGCUGGCAAGGUGGUGGUGAUUACAGGUGCAAGUCGGGGCUUAGGUGCCAAGGCAUUCGCACCUGCAUUCGCCAAAGCCGGGGUGAAGGCCCUCAUCCUCCUCGCCACGAACGGCGACAAGCUCAAAACAGUCGAGCAGCAGAUCAAGGAGAUCAACACCAACAUCGAGACCUUAACCCUCACCGCCGACAUCUCUGACCCUCCAUCCGUAUCAACAGCCUUCAAGCAGAUCAAAGCCAGAUUCGGCCAUGCAGACAUCCUGAUCAACAACGCCGGAAUCAACGCCGACGGCAACGGGAUCCACAUCUGCGACGCCGACCCAGACACCUGGUGGCGGCAAUUCGAAGUCAACGCCAAGGGGACCUUCCUCGUGACACAGGCGUUCAUCCGGCUUCUGCCGACCCCAAAAACGCACGCCACCCUCAUCAACCUGACCUCGGCCGCUGCCUGGGCCGGAAGCCCCAUGAUGGCCGGGUACAACAUGUCGAAGCUCGUCGCCCAGCAGCAGAUCUCGGCCAUCGCUGCCCUGUACCCGAACAUCACGGCCGUGGUUCUGCACCCUGGGCUGUUGGAGACGGACAUGCUGCCGGCUGCGAUGCGGCACUUCAACUCGGAGACGCCUGAGCUGCCCGGUGGCGUGGCCGUGUGGUUGUCUCAUCCUCAUGCGCGGUUCUUGAGCGGACGGGUCGUGGCUGCGGUUUGGGAUGUCGAUGAUCUGGUUGCGCGGAAAGACGAGAUUGUGGCUGGUCGUGGCUGCGGUUUGGGAUGUCGAUGA